AUGGUCCUUCCGAAUGCAAUCGGCGACGCCGCCCAAAAUGCAGAAAAAGACAGAGUUAUGGCGUGGCUCGACGCGGGCGGGUCAAUAGACGACUUCGAUGAAUUCGGCUUUACGCUACUUCAUUGUUGCGCCUGCGGAAACAUGGAACACCGUACCCUAGGUGGCGGGCAUGUCGCCCUGGCGCGGCAUCUCAUUGCUCUCGGUGCGGACGUCACCCUCGUGACCCGCUCCGACAGCGGAAGAGAGACAGUGAUUCAUGAAAUUGUUAGGGGGUACGGGGAACGUCAAUCUAUUUUGGAAAUACUGUCUCUUUUGCUCGGAGCUGGGGCGAAUGUAAACGCUAGGGACUCCGACGGCGACACGCCGCUCUACCUUGCAAUCAUGCGGCGCGUUGGACCGUCCGAGUCAAUAAUCACAGAGCUUCUACGAGCCGGUGCUUCACUGGACGCGUGUCAUCGCAACAAAAAAAGCGCCGAGGAUGUCAUUCAAAGAAAAGAACGUAUCCUGCCUGAAGUCGCUAGGAACGAGCACUGGUGCGCGAUCAAACGCCUCGUCGCCGGCUGUGCGAAAAUCACAAACUUCAGGCGCCCGCCUCACGCCAUCGACGCGAUGUUGUCUCGGUUUCCACACAGAUCGCCGGCGUCCGCCAACACGGAAGCUACAAGCGCUACGCACGGAGCUUCCACCGGGACGUGUUAACCGUCCGCGGCCUCGCCCAGCGCGGCAAGCUGUCGACGGACGACUCCGUCCUGAACUUCCUCGCGCGGCUCGGCGACAACGGAGUCGUGUGGCACGUCCUCUCGUACUGGCGCGCGACGAACUAG